CGCCCGCUUUCCCGUCUCGUAUGCAUGCCUAUCCCGGGAAUGGUGUAGUCAGCCCGUAUCUGAAUUAUUUAUAGACUCGUGCCAGCUGAUUUUUUUUGUUGAUUUUUUUAUUAUUAUUAUUUUUUUUAAAUUUCGCUUGUGUGCACUGUUGGGAAAUGCGUUUUGUCUCCCUUCUUUCUCAAUAUAUUAAUGUCUUUGUUGGGGAGCGGUUUUUAUCCCCUUCAGAUCCCUCUAAUACAAAAUUGAUGCUUAUUUUUCCCUUCAGGAAGGGGACGCUUUGAGGAUAAUCAUGCUUCACAGAAGAACGGCACCGACCUCCAGUUGCAUUAAACACAACCUCUUCCAAUAGGGCUCCAGGAAAAAAAAAAUUAUAAGAAUAAUCAUUAAAAAGGCGAGAGGAAUGCUUGCUCUGGAACCUGCAUUUGACGAUCCUCACCAGUCGUGCUGAAUAUCCUCUGUAGUGAUUCUCUCCAGCUUUUGAAUUUGCACCGCUUCAAGACGCAAGAUUGCCACAAAGAAACCUCUAUUUUUUUUUACAGCCAAGCAGGAUUGUUUUUUAACUCGUUCCCCCACAUUUGCCCCCCGACCCUUAUUCUUCUUAUGUGGAUAUGCAAGCAAGAAGAGGAGACUGGACAUUCCCAACAUGCUCUCUCCCUUGAUCUGUCCGUCUAGAGGUUCUGCUUCUACAAACCAAGGGAGUCGAAGAGCCGAAGAUGAGGCCCAGGGUGGAGUGCUACUCUCCGAGGUUUUGGCUGGUGCUGGCAGUCCUCGCAACAACAGGGAGCGUGGCCCAUGCCCAGAAAAACCACCCGAGCAUUGGCAUUGCAGUCAUCCUGGUGGGAACCUCAGACGAAGUGGCCAUCAAAGAUGCCCACGAGAAAGAUGACUUCCACCACCUCUCAGUGGUGCCUCGAGUGGAGCUGGUGGCCAUGAAUGAGACAGAUCCCAAGAGCAUCAUCACCCGCAUCUGUGACCUCAUGUCAGAUCGGAAGAUUCAAGGGGUGGUAUUUGCUGAUGACACAGACCAGGAAGCCAUUGCCCAGAUCCUGGACUUCAUCUCUGCCCAGACCCUCACUCCCAUCCUGGGCAUCCAUGGAGGCUCCUCUAUGAUCAUGGCAGAUAAGGAUGAGUCAUCCAUGUUCUUCCAGUUUGGCCCAUCAAUAGAACAGCAAGCUUCUGUCAUGCUCAACAUCAUGGAAGAAUAUGACUGGUACAUCUUCUCCAUUGUCACUACUUACUUCCCUGGUUACCAGGACUUUGUGAACAAGAUCCGCAGUACCAUUGAGCACAGUUUUGUGGGUUGGGAACUGGAGGAGGUCCUCCUGUUGGACAUGUCCCUGGAUGAUGGGGAUUCAAAGAUCCAGAACCAGCUCAAGAAGCUUCAAAGCCCUGUUAUCCUCCUCUACUGCACAAAGGAAGAGGCCACCUACAUUUUUGAGGUGGCCAACUCUGUGGGUCUGACAGGCUAUGGUUACACGUGGAUCGUGCCCAGCCUGGUGGCAGGGGAUACAGACACUGUGCCAUCUGAGUUUCCCACCGGGCUCAUCUCUGUCUCAUAUGAUGAAUGGGACUACGGUCUUCCUGCCAGAGUAAGGGAUGGAAUAGCCAUAAUCACCACGGCUGCUUCUGAUAUGCUGUCUGAACACAGCUUCAUCCCUGAACCCAAGAGCAGCUGUUACAACACCCAGGAGAAAAGGAUUUACCAGUCCAACAUGCUCAACAGGUACCUGAUCAAUGUCACCUUUGAAGGCAGGAAUUUGUCGUUCAGUGAGGACGGAUACCAGAUGCAUCCCAAGCUGGUCAUCAUCCUUUUGACCAAGGAGAGGAAGUGGGAGAGGGUGGGAAAAUGGAAGGAAAAGAAGUUGCAGAUGAAGUAUUAUGUGUGGCCACGCUUUGAGUUGUAUCCUGACUCUGAGGAACGUGAGGAUGAUCACCUGAGUAUCGUGACCUUGGAAGAGGCACCAUUUGUCAUUGUGGAGAAUGUGGACCCCCUAAGUGGCACCUGCAUGAGGAACACGGUCCCUUGCCAAAAGCGCAUAGUGACUGAGAACAAAACUGAUGAGGAGCCAGAUUACAUGAAGAAAUGUUGCAAGGGGUUCUGCAUUGACAUCCUCAAGAAAAUCUCGAAGUCUGUCAAGUUCACCUAUGACCUCUACUUGGUGACUAAUGGCAAGCAUGGGAAAAAGAUCAAUGGGACAUGGAAUGGAAUGAUUGGAGAGGUUGUCACCAAACGGGCCUAUAUGGCUGUGGGAUCCCUCACCAUUAAUGAGGAGCGUUCAGAAGUGGUGGAUUUCUCUGUGCCCUUCAUUGAGACGGGAAUCAGUGUCAUGGUGUCACGUAGCAAUGGAACUGUCUCACCUUCUGCCUUCUUAGAGCCUUUCAGUGCUGAUGUAUGGGUGAUGAUGUUUGUGAUGCUGCUUAUCAUCUCUGCGGUGGCCGUCUUCGUCUUUGAGUACUUCAGCCCUGUGGGCUAUAAUCGGUGCCUUGCUGAUGGCAGAGAGCCAGGAGGUCCCUCUUUCACCAUUGGCAAAGCUAUCUGGUUGCUGUGGGGGCUGGUGUUCAACAACUCUGUGCCAGUACAGAAUCCCAAGGGUACCACUAGCAAGAUCAUGGUGUCGGUGUGGGCCUUCUUCGCUGUCAUCUUUCUGGCCAGCUACACUGCCAACCUGGCUGCCUUCAUGAUCCAAGAGGAAUACGUGGACCAGGUGUCUGGCUUGAGCGACAAAAAGUUCCAGAAACCAAAUGACUUCUCACCCCCUUUCCGCUUCGGGACAGUUCCUAAUGGCAGCACAGAGAGGAACAUUCGCAACAACUACCCUGAAAUGCACAGCUACAUGGUGAAGUUCAAUCAGAGGGGGGUGGAUGAUGCACUGUUCUCGCUGAAGACUGGGAAGUUGGAUGCUUUCAUUUAUGAUGCAGCAGUGCUAAACUACAUGGCUGGCAGAGAUGAAGGUUGCAAACUGGUGACAAUUGGAAGUGGGAAAGUGUUUGCCUCCACUGGUUAUGGCAUUGCCAUUCAAAAGGACUCAGGCUGGAAGCGCCAGGUUGAUCUUGCCAUUCUACAGCUUUUUGGAGAUGGGGAGAUGGAGGAGCUGGAAGCUCUCUGGCUCACUGGCAUUUGUCACAAUGAGAAGAAUGAGGUUAUGAGCAGCCAGCUGGAUAUAGAUAACAUGGCAGGUGUCUUCUACAUGCUGGGAGCAGCCAUGGCCCUCAGUCUCAUCACCUUCAUCUGUGAGCACCUCUUCUACUGGCAAUUCCGCCACUGCUUCAUGGGCGUCUGCUCUGGCAAGCCUGGUGUGGUCUUCUCCAUCAGUAGGGGUAUCUACAGCUGCAUCCACGGCGUGGCCAUCGAAGAACGCCAGUCAGCAAUGAACUCCCCCACUGCGACUAUGAACAACACUCAUUCCAACAUCCUCCGCCUGCUUCGGACAGCCAAGAACAUGGCCAACCUGUCAGGGGUCAAUGGCUCACCACAGAGUGCCCUAGACUUUAUCCGCCGCGAGUCAUCGGUCUAUGAUAUCUCUGAGCACCGCCGCAGUUUCACCCACUCAGACUGUAAGUCCUACAACAACCCCCCCUGUGAGGAGAACCUCUUCAGUGACUAUAUUAGUGAGGUGGAAAGGACCUUUGGCAACCUGCAGCUGAAGGACAGCAAUGUGUAUCAGGACCACUACCACCACCACCACCGCCCCCAUAGCAUCGGCAGCACCAGCUCCAUUGAUGGGCUCUAUGACUGUGACAACCCACCCUUCAAUGCCCAGUCACGGUCCGUCGGGAAGAAGCCCUUGGACCUGGGGUUACCUCCUGCCAAGCACAGCCAGUUGGGUGACCUCUAUGGCAAAUUCUCCUUCAAGAGUGACCGCUAUGGGGGCAGUGGGACCCAUGAUGACCUGAUUCGCUCAGAUGUUUCAGACAUUUCCACUCACACGGUCACCUAUGGCAACAUCGAGGGCAAUGCGGCCAAACGGCGGAAGCAGCAGUACAAGGACAGCCUGAAGAAGCGCCCAGCCUCUGCCAAGUCCCGGCGGGAGUUUGAUGAGAUAGAGCUGGCCUACCGCCGGCGCCCGCCCCGCUCACCUGACCACAAGCGCUACUUCAGGGACAAGGAAGGGCUACGGGACUUCUACCUAGACCAGUUUCGGGCCAAGGAGAACUCACCGCACUGGGAACAUGUGGACCUGACAGAUAUCUACAAAGAGCGGGGAGAUGAGUUUAAGCGGGACACAGGAGGAGGAGGAGGGGGUCAAUCCUGCACCAACAGGGCCCACCACAAGCACGGCUCGGGCGAGUUUGGCGGAAGCAAUGAGCACAAGCAUGGUGUUGUGAGUGGGGUCCCAGCGCCAUGGGAGAAGAACCUGACCAAUCUAGACUGGGAGGACCGGACCGGGGCUAAUUUCUGCCGCAGUUGCCCUUCUAAGCUGCACAACUACACGCCAUCAGUGGUGGGUCAGAAUUCCACCCGCCAGGCCUGCAUCCGCUGUGAGGCUUGCAAGAAAGCGGGCAACCUGUAUGACAUCAGUGAGGACAACUCGCUCCAAGAGCUGGACCAGCCACCUGCCCCUGUGCCCGUGGCCACCAGUGCCACCUCCUCCUCCAAAUAUCCUCAGAGCCCUUCCAAUUCUGCCUCCAAGGUGCAGAAGAAGACCCGCAACAAGCUCCGCCGGCAGCAUUCCUAUGACACCUUUGUGGACCUGCAGAAGGAUGACUCAGCCUUGGCCCCCCGCAGCGUCAGCCUCAAGGACAAGGGCCGCUUUUUGGAGGGGAGCCCUUACGCCCACAUGUUUGAGAUGCCAGCUAGUGAGACCACCUUUGCCAACAACAAGUCCUCAGUGCCCGCCACCAGCUACCACCACCACAACAACCCCGGCAGCAGUGGGGGCUACAUGCUCAGCAAGUCGCUCUACCCCGACCGGGUCACCCAAAACCCUUUCAUCCCCACUUUUGGGGAUGACCAAUGCUUGCUCCACGGCAGCAAAUCUUAUUUCUUCAGGCAGCCUGUGGUGGCAGGAGGGCCCAAAGCCAGGCCAGACUUCCGAGCCAUUGUCACCACCAACAAGCCGGUGGUCUCAGCCCUUCAUGGGGCUGUGCCAGCCCGUUUCCAGAAGGACAUCUGUAUAGGGAACCAGUCCAACCCCUGUGUGCCUAACAACAAAAACCCCAGGGCUUUCAAUGGCUCCAGCAACGGGCAUGUUUAUGAGAAACUCUCCAGUAUUGAGUCUGAUGUUUGAGUGAGAAGGGAAGAGCGUGG